AGUUGAGAAACAACCAGUCCUAUGAAUGUUCUCUCCCGCCGCCGCCGCCGCCGCCGUCCGCGCCGCGGUGGGCUCGCCGCCGGCGGUCCGCGGCGCGCACGCGCGCCUCCUCAAGGAGGGGCUCUCCCACCUGCCCCCCGCGCAUGCGCUCCUCGUCUCCGCCUACUCCAGGUCGGGCCUCCUCGCGGACGCCCGCAGCGUGUUCGACGAUGCGCCGCGCCGGGACCUACAUCUCUACUCCGCGCUCUUCGCCGCCGUCUCCCAUUCACCGGACCCUGCGCUCGCUCUGCCGUUCCUCCGCCGCAUGCUCUCGGACGACGCGCUCCGCCCCGACCACUUCGUCCUCGCCUCCCUCGUCAGCGCCGCCGCCAAGCUGCGCAGCCUCCGCCUCGGCAGGCAGCUCCACGCCCACUUCGUCGCCUCCCCGUACAGCGGCGACGUCGUCGUCAAGUCGUCGCUGAUCGACAUGUACUGCAAGUGCGGCGUACCCGAGGAUGCCCGGAAGGUGUUCGACAAUAUCGGUGUCAAGAACAGCGUCGUGUGGACUGCGCUGGUUUCUGGGUAUGCGUCGAACGGCUACUCCGACGAGGCGUUGGAGCUCUUCCGGAGCAUGCCUGCACGUGGCCUCUUCACAUGGACAGCGCUCAUCUCUGGGUUUGUCAAGGCUGGUAACAAUGCUAGCGCGGUGGGAAUGUUUGUUGAGAUGAGGCGGGAUGGUGUCAGGAUUGAUGACGCAUUUGUGUUGGCGACUGUCAUCGGUGGUGCAGCAGACCUGGCUGCACUUGUGCUGGGCAGGCAGCUGCAUGGUUUUGCCCUUAGGCUUGGGUUCGUGUCCAGCAUGAUUGUUGGGAACGCGUUGGUUGACAUGUACUCCAAAUGCACUGAUAUACACUCUUCUAGGGAAGUGUUUGAGGGGAUUACAGUCCGUGACAUCAUCUCGUGGACGACAAUUCUUGUUGGAGAGGCUCAGCACGGUCGAGCAGAGGAAGUAUUCUCUCUUUUUGACAGGAUGGUUCGUGCAGGAGUUAAGCCCAACGCGGUGACAUUUGUUGGCUUGAUUUAUGCUUGUAGUCAUGCUGGUCUUGUUCAAAAAGGCCGGCAGCUGUUUGAGUCAAUGAAGCUGGAAUAUGGCAUCAAGCCUGGACUGCAACGCUAUCUGGACCUGCUUAGUCGGUCAGGCCAUUUAUCAGAAGCUGAGGAACUCAUCACUACAAUGCCCUACGAGCCUGAUGAAGCUAGUUGGGGGGCCUUACUGAGUGUCUGUAAGAAGCACAAUGAUGCUCAGAUGUGUCUCAGGGUUGCUGAUAAUUUACUAGAAUUGAGACCAAAAGAUCCUUCAACAUAUAUCUUGUUAUCUAAUGUGUAUGCUGUGAAUUGCAAGUGGGAUUCUGUGGCCAAGGUAAGAAAGAUCAUGGCUGAGAUGGAGAUAAGAAAGGAACCUGGGUAUAGCUGGAUUGAAGCUGGAAAGGAAUUUCAUCUGUUCCAUGCCGGGGAGGUUCCAAUUGAUGUUAGAGAAGAAAUUACUGGUUUUCUUGAGGAAUUGGUCUCAGAGAUGCGCAAGAGGGGUUAUGUCCCUGAUACCAGCUCUGUGAUGCACGACUUGGAAGAGCAUGAAAAGGAGCAGCAUCUGUUCUUGCACAGUGAGAGGCUGGCUGUUGCUUUUGGAAUACUCAAGUCUCCUCCAGGAUCAGCUAUCCGGGUUGUAAAGAAUCUUCGGGUCUGUGGGGACUGCCAUACAGUAAUGAAGUUUAUCAGUGAAAUUGUACAGAGGAAGAUCAUCGUGAGAGAUGCUAGUCGUUUCCACCAUUUUGAGGGUGGGAAGUGCUUUUGUAGUGAAUUCUGGUAGCUGGUCUGCUGAUGUUCAGUUGUGCUCUAGUCCUCUAGGUACGGUGGAAGCUCUUAGCUUGCUUUAGCAGCAUACUUCUCUGGGCAUGAUCGAGAGGCUGAGACGUUGAUGGGAGCUCCAGAUGCCAAUUUUAUGAAACUGAUUCCCGAGUAAUUACUUCAGCGACUUGCUGUCUGAAAGGUGAGUCUGACAAUCUGUAUCCACACUCUCAACACAUCCACAGGAUCCAUGAAUUUCUCAAUAGUCAGUACCCUCGAUUUUUUUGAAACUUGUGUGGUAAAUUAGCAAGUGGGAACCAGGUACAGUUCACAUGAUCUUUCCUGUGAGUUUCCUUUUUGUUCUAAACGGAUCUUUAAACCGAUAGACCGUACUCUUUCCAUGUGUUUCUUUCUACAAACGCAUGCGUACAUUUUUCUCUGCGUUGA